AUGGCUUCUCAUGCUCUUCUUUUCUCUGUAUCCCUUCUAGUGCCAUUGUUCUUGUGUUGUGUUCUUGCGAAGGGAGACAUGACAGUGAUCCCUUCUAAAAAUGGGGCUGAUCAUAGAGGUAGGUCUCUACAGUCCACUAAGGUCGUCAAUGUGCUGAGGUAUGGAGCUUAUGGGGAUGGACUCCAUGACGACACAAAGGCAUUGUCAAAGGCGUGGUCUGCAGCUUGCUCCUCUUCUCUUCCUGGCAUUGUGCUCAUCCCCAAGGGAAAGAAAUUUCUAACGAAACAUGUAACCUUUUCCGGCCCAUGCAAAUCCAGUAUCAAGUUUAUGAUACAGGGUACUUUGGUGGCUCCUCCAAAGAGAUCAUAUUGGAUCGAGGAUACCAUUAGGCACUGGGUUUUGUUCAUAAAUGUGAGAGAUCUUACUGUCACUGGUGGUGGGACUAUUGAUGGAAAUGGCAAGAUUUGGUGGCAAAGUUCCUGCAAAGUAAACUCAAAGCUCCCUUGCAGGCCAGCUCCAACGGCUUUGACGUUCUACUCUUGCACAAAUCUAAAAGUGGAUAACUUAAAACUGUUGAACAGCCAACAAAUCCACAUGUCAGUAGAGCGUUGCACCAAUGUAAGGGUGUCCCGCCUAUUAAUCACAGCACCCGGCACUAGCCCCAACACCGACGGCAUCCAUAUUGCACAUAGUAAGGAUGUGAAAGUGUACAACUGUGCAAUCAAGACUGGGGAUGACUGCAUGUCAAUCGAGGAUGGAACUAAGAAUCUACAUGUUAAGAACAUCGUGUGUGGACCAGGGCAUGGGAUCAGCAUUGGGAGUUUAGGUGAUCAAAACUCUGAAGCUCAGGUUACAAAUAUCACCAUCAAUGGGGUGCGACUACAUGGCACGACAAAUGGAGCUCGUAUCAAGACAUGGCAGGGCGGGCGGGGUUAUGCAAAGAAUAUCGUGUUCGAGAACAUAAUCAUGGAUAAUGUAUGGAACCCAAUCAUUAUUGACCAAAACUACUGCGACUCGACUACACCGUGUAAUAAACAGAAAUCGGCAGUGGAAGUGAGCAACGUUCUGUUUAAGAACAUCAGGGGUACAAGUGCCUCAAGAGACGCUAUCAAGCUGAGUUGUAGUAGAACUGUACCUUGCCAUGGCAUCGCCUUGCACAACGUCAAGCUUACUCUAAAACGAGGCAAUGGCAACGCAAAGAGCACCUGUCAGAAUGCAAAAUACAGGACACUGGGAACAGUUAUGCCACAACCAUGUAUUCUCAAGAAUUGA